GAAAACUGUUCGUUCCUCAUUAUUUUUCACUUGUUACUUUCUUUAGGGUUACUUUUAAAAAGAAGAUUUCCCUGCUCACAAGCCAGUAGAAGACUUUCAGCCCAAGCAAGGGUGAAGACAGCUCUCUCCAAGAGCAGAGGAAGUCCCUGUGGAGAGAACCCGAGCUUGUUAGCAGAACUCGUCGGCAUGUCUAAACAAGGAGACGAUUGCUACUUCUAUUUCUAUUCUACCUGUACCAAGGGAGACAAAUGUGCCUACUGCCACUGUGAAGCUGCUCUGGGCAAUGAGACGGUCUGCAAGCUGUGGCAGGAGGGUCGUUGUUUCAGGAACGUCUGCCGAUUCAGACACAUGGAAAUUGACAAAAAGCGCAGUGAGAUUCCUUGCUACUGGGAGAAGCAGCCGGGAGGCUGUCAGAAAGCCAACUGUGCUUUUCAUCAUGCAAAGGGACGUUACAUCGAUGGACAAUUCUUCCCACCAAGCAAGACUACCCUGCUAAGUCCGCCUGAGUCUGCGGACGAUGAUUUGAAAGUGGCUCAGAUGUCACUGCAGCAAAAGAAACUUUCUGUCCAGUCAAAUCCCUCUCCACAGCUAAGGGUGAUGAAAGUGGAAAACUCUGAAAAUGUCCCAAGCCCUACACACCCUCCAGUUGUAAUCAGUGCUGCAGAUGAUGAUGAAGAUGAUGAUGACCAACUUUCUGAGGAAGGAGAAGAAACUAAAACUCCCGUCCAGCAACCAGCUGCGGAAGGCAAAAAUGGAUUACGGGUGAUUUCCACUCGCAAAGGCAGUUCUCCUGCUACUAAACAAGAGGGCAAUCUGAAUUUUGGAAUAAAAACACUUGAGGAAAUCAAAUCGCAGAAGAUGAAGGAAAAAAAUAAAAGACACGGUGAAAAGGAAAAUGUCCGGACAGUGGUGAGAACUGUGACACUGUCUUCCAAGAAAUGGGAGGAACCUGUGGUUCGACUAGAUCUUGCUGCUAGACAAGGAAAACGGAAAGCCUCCGCGGACGAUGUAAGCACCGUUCCAGUGAAGUGCAGCCUUGCUGAAAGGCUGGGGAAGAAGGUAGAGGCUCCAGGAAAUGCUGACAAAGCACCCAAGAGAGAUCCAGUUCAAGUUGCCAAGUCUCUGAAGGACAGGCUGGGAUUACCUCCUAAACAGACCAGCACUGAGAGAGGGAAGGCUGCUAAGCCGAUGGGAGAGAUCCGUGUGAAAACACUGGAGGAAAUCCGUCGUGAGAAAGCUCUUCAGAGACGCGAAACUCAAGCCAAAGGCGAGGCUGAAGGGCAUGGUAAAACUGAAGAUUCCAGCGCAGGGGCAAGACCUGCUCGUGCAGGUCGCAUCAAAACUUUCUCUGAAGCCUUGUCUGAAAAAAAGAAUAAUCGCUUGGUAGAAGAGAAGAAAAAAGCAGGAGAAUCCCAUACCAAGAGCAAAAUUCAGGCACCUGAAAAAGAAGAAAAGAAGGCAGUGGAAUUGAACCGGCCUUUUCCUAACCUUUCCUCUGUAGCUGAUGUACAGCCCACUCAGCAGAGUGGAACUCGUAAAUGUCCAGAGAAGAGCUUUGAAGAGAGACGGUGGGAGAAGUGGCAACAGAGAGAACAACAAGAGAAGCUUCGGAAGGAGGAAGCUGCUGUCAAAUCUACUGCUGGCUUCUUUAAUACUGAACCAGCAGGGAAAGUGGCAGCUCAAUUUCAGGGCCAGGAAGCUAAAACCAACUUGAUGACAUCUGCGAAGCCUUCGGGUGGGAAAGUCACUUUCCCCAAGAAGAAGGCACUGAAACGUAAGGCACCUGGGAGUUAUCCCUCUGCCAUAGCAGCUGUGGAACUCCGGACUGCCUUGGAUGCUGACAUGAUGGGACCUCCAGCCAAAAAAGCAGCCAUGGGUGUUUCAGACGUGCCGGAGCACGUCCCAGCCAUCAGACUUGAAGAAAAUCCCCCAAACAGACCUGAAGUGUGUCUUGGAAGCCCGGCAAGAUUUGAGGAGCAGAUGGAGAUCGAUCUCGAGACCUCAACCUCAGCUUCUUCCCAGCUAGAAGAGGCACGCACACGCCGGCUGAGUUCCACGGGGAACGCGCCCUUAUCUGCAGGUGAAGAUUUUGAGAAGCUACUUUGGGAAAUCUCAGGAGGCAGACUGGAAGCCGAAAUCGACUUAGACCCAGGGAAGGACGAGGAUGACCUCCUCCUUGAACUAUCCGAGAUAAUUGACAGUUGAACCGCGUAGUCCUAU